AUACGCAGUUUAGUUGACGGAAGAGAAUCUCUUGUUGAUUGUAUUUAUAACGUACAAUUUGAAAUUAAAUUUCUCUGCUUUACUGAUUUUAAAUAUUUUCUUGUGACGUAUUUCACAUGUUGCUAUAAUUUUCAUAUCAAAUUUUAUACUCAGUUUCAUUGAGAUAUACUCUUCAAAAGUAAUAAGACAGUCGAUCGAUCGACUUGCUCUCAAGUCAUCAAUUUUUUGUCUCUUUACUUGGAGUAAAAUAUUUUAUAUUUAGUUUUAAAAUUUUAAAAACAUUUUAUAUUUUAAAAUUAAUUUAAAAUGACUUUAUUUUUAUUGUAAAAUAUUAUUUAUAAUUUAUUUUUUAGUUAACGAAAAUUAUAUAAUAUUAUUUCGAUAGACUUUGUUUAAAUUUUUUCUGCAUUCGAAUGCCAAGAGUUUUAAAUUUUGGUAAAAAAAUAUUAUUAAUUGUUGGUGAAUUUAUUGGUAAAAAUGACAAGAGAAAAAGGAUGGAUGUCAUGUCGAGAAGUUUUAUGGUACCUUGUAUUUUCUGGAAGCGCCAUAAAUUACAUGUUAAAAAUAAAUUUAAAUUUAGUCAUUGUUGCAAUGGUUGUACCAAGAACAAAUAAAUUAUCAUCAACAGCAGCACAAUGUACUGUUGAUAAACCAUCAUUAUUUUCUAUAAAUAAUACAAUAUCAAAUGUCACUUUUCCAUCUUAUCAGUCAACUCCCUCGUCAAUGAACAUAUCAUACGAAGGCAGAUUUGAUUGGACAGAAUAUGAACAGGGUUUAGCUUUAGGUGCAUUUUAUUGGUCAUACUGGUCGACCCAUUUACCAGGAGGUUUACUUGCUCAAAAAUAUGGCACAAAAAUUAUUUUUGGUGGAUCAAAUUUACUAGCAUCACUGGCUGGACUCAUGAUACCAUUUGCUAUUAAAUAUCAUCUUUAUGCAUUUUUAUUAUUACGAGUUAUUCAAGGAGCUCUUAUGGGUGGAUGUGUACCGUCAAUGCAUGUUUUAACAGCGAAAUGGAUACCAUCAAAUGAACGUAGUAAAUUUGUAAGUGCCUAUAUGGGAGGCUCAGUUGGUACAGCAAUAACAUAUCCAUUUUGUGCAAUGAUAAUACAUUAUUUUAAUUGGGAAGCUGCAUUUUAUUUAACAUCAUUACUUGGUAUUAUUUGGUAUUGUUUUUGGUUGUAUUUUGUGUAUGACUCACCGAGUCAACAUCCAAGAAUAUCAAAAAUAGAGCUUGAUUAUAUUUUAGAAAAUACACCAAAAUCAUUGCCAAAUGAUGAAAAAAGACCAGUACCAUGGAUUGCUAUUUUAACAUCUGGACCAGUUUGGGUUACAAUAAUGGCACAUUGGGGUGCUAUUUGGGGUUUUUAUACUCUUCUUGCACAAGGUCCAACGUAUUUCAGUAGAAUACAUGGCUGGAACAUUAGCACGACUGGUAUUAUUUCUGGAGCUCCACAUAUAUUUCUAAUGAUAUUUGCAUAUUUAUUUGGUACACUGAGUGAUUGGCUUCAAGAAAAUAAAAAAAUGACAAGAACAGGUGUUAGAAAAUUAGCUAUGAUGGUUUGUACUGGUGUACAAGCAAUAUUCACAAUUGGUCUUGCAUUUUCUGGAUGUCAUUCAGUACUUGCUGUAUUUUUUAUGAUUACUGGUACCAUAACAACUGGUGCAUUAUCAUCUGGAUCACUUGCUAAUUUUGUUGAUCUUAGUCCAAACUUUGGAAGUGUUUUACUUGGUAUUUGUGGAUUAAUUUCAAAUGCUGCUGGUGCAUUGUCACCACUUAUUGUUGGAAUACUUACAAAUGGAAAUCAAACUGUUGAACAAUGGAGAUUAGUAUUUUUAAUAGCUGCUGCAAAUCUUAUUUUUGGUGCUGUUGUUUAUCAAACAUGGGGAACAGCUGAGGAACAAACUUGGAAUAAUAAUGUCAAAUUUGAUCAUGAAAUUGGAGAAGAAAUGCUUAAGCUUAAUGAUAAACCAGAAAAAAUUAUGAUUAUCAAUGAUAAUACAUGUUCAUGUAAAGAGAUAAAAAAUUAUGAAAAAGAAAAAGAAGCUAACUGUAAAUAAAUGAUUAAUUAUUAUUUUUAUUAUAUUAUUUAUUCAUGCGUUAUGUUAUUUACCAGUGCGUUAAAACGUGAUUUAAUAUGAUAUGUUGAUACAAAAAAAAAAUAUAUACAAAUUUAAAUGAAUUUUUUCUUUUUGUUUUUAUAUGAAAAUUAUGAAAAUUAUAUAUUUGUUAAAAUUUAAUUCAAUGUAGCUUUAACUGAUAAUUAAUUGCUUGAAUAAAUAUUAAAUAAUAAAUUUUACAAAUAUGCCAACAACUUUUCUACGUGUAAUCAUAAUUGUUCAUCAAAAUAAUCAAUGUCAAAUAAAAUCCAUAAUAAAAAAAAAAUAAUAUCAAAAAGAUGAA